GCCAGUGGCCACACUCAUAACAGUAGUUGGACUCAAGGCCAUCUCACAUUGCAACAUGCAGGCAUCGUAUCAAACAGUUGGUUAUAGGAAACUUUCUGACUUAUAGACACCAUAUUAUCCUCAAGAGAGCUAAAACAACCACUGGAAAUGGCAUCGUCAAUACAAGGAACAACUGAUCAAGAACCUCAAACUAACAAGGGAUUUUACACUGUUGUAAUUUUUCAUUCAAUCUCCGUAUUACUACAGUUGUAUAGUGACAUUAAAUACAUGCUUGUGCAGUUAUUUAAUCACAGAUCUUACAUAACCUACAGCAAACUUCUUUCCUAUUCUUGUGCCACGUAGCAACAAGCCCUGCAUAGUUCAAUCCAACCUGUCAGAAAUAAAGCUGAACAAUGUCUGGAAGCUCAAAAUAAGAGGCGCUGUUGAAUGUUCAAUUCUGAAGUAUCUGCAGGAGCAAUUUUGUGCCUCGUUUCAGGGUCUCCCUGUCUCCAUUGCCGCUGGAAAGAUUGCCACACAGCUCUGUUACUACACCAAGAUUCCUGCUCUCUUAAGAAUAGAGAAGCAUGAGGAGAAGACUGAUUUCUGAAGUGAUGGAAACAGAGGCAGAAAUCUUCAUCAGCUGACUAGCGGUGACAGAAAUCACCUAGCCAGCUAAGGUUCAAUUCUCUCCAAACUUGAAGAGCGAGCGAAGCUCAGAAACUGAAGGAACAUGAAUUCGGCCCAAGUGUGAGUUGAGUCCAUUUACCACUCUCUUUGCGGCCUGGCCUGGCCUGCUUCUACCUCGCCUCCGUCAGCCACUGAUACUACUACUACGAGGAGGAAGAAGAAAGAGAUCCGAGCAGGACAAGCCGUGUUUUCUAGGGUUUGAGUGUGAUUCAUCCCAUCGAUCGAGGAUGCGGAAGCGGGAUCUGGGGAUCCUGCUUCUGGCCGCCUUCGCCGUCUUCUUCUCCCUCCACCACGACGGCGACUUCUCCUUCCGGGAGUCCUGGUACCACCUCGCCGACGAGGACUUCCCCAUCAAGUACGAGGCCGACCGCCUCCCCCCGCCCCUCGUCGCUGACCUCAACGGCGACGGCAAACCCGAGGUCCUCCUCCCCACCCACGACGCCAAGAUCCAGGUCCUCCAGCCCCCUCACUCCCGCCACCUCCACGAUGACACCGGAUUCCACGAGGCGCGCGUCAUGGCUGACAUCUCCCUCCUCCCUGGCGAAGUCCGCGUCGCCUCGGGCAGGCGCCCCAUCGCCAUGGCCGUCGGCACCGUUGACCGCUCAUACAAGCAAGGCGACGUCAGGAAGCAGGUUCUCGUCGUCGUCACCUCCGGCUGGUCCGUCAUGUGCUUCGACCACAACCUCAAGAAGCUCUGGGAAGCCAAUCUCCAGGAUGAUUUCCCCCAUGGUGCCCACCACCGCGAGGUGGCAAUCUCCAUAACCAACUACACCCUCAAGCAUGGAGAUGCAGGCCUCGUCAUCGUAGGAGGAAGGAUGGAAAUGCAACAUCAUUCGGCAGAUCUUUUCGAUGAAUUUAUGAUACCAGAAAACAAUAGGGAAGAGCACCGCAGAAGUGCCAAUGAGAAACAGGGUUCUGAGACUGGCACUGCAGACCUGCGCCAUUUUGCCCUUUAUGCUUUUGCUGGACGCACUGGCGCACUCAGAUGGAGCCGGAAGAAUGAGAACAUCCAGUCACAGCCAUCAGAUGCUUCAAUGCUGAUACCACAGCACAAUUACAAGCUUGAUGUCCACGCCCUCAAUAGUCGUCAACCUGGUCAGUUUGAAUGCCGUGAAUUCAGAGAAUCAAUUCUUGGUGUCAUGCCUCAUCAUUGGGAUAGGAGAGAGGAUACUACCUUACAACUUGCACAUUUUAGGAAGCAUAAAAGGAAACAAGUAAAGAAAACGCCAGGAAAGGCUGUUAUCAAUAGCGUGCACAAGCCCAUUGAACACAAUCCACCUGGAAAGGAUCCUUCCAAUAGAAUAGCUAGAGCGCUUGGGAAGGCUGCCGAUAUGGCUGGCUCAAAUCAAGUCAAGAAGGCACAGAGGACGCUUUACAUUCCGACAAUCACUAAUCAUACUCAAGUAUGGUGGGUUCCUAAUGUUGUUGUUGCGCAUGAAAAGGAAGGAAUAGAGGCUAUCCAUCUAGCUUCUGGACGCACAAUAUGCAAGCUUCAUUUAACUGAAGGAGGCCUUCACGCAGAUAUUAAUGGAGAUGGAGUUCUGGAUCAUGUUCAGGUUGUUGGUGCAAAUGGUAUUAAAGAGCAAACUGUUGUAAGUGGGUCCAUGGAAGUGCUGAAACCUUGUUGGGCAGUUGCUACAUCCGGUGUACCAGUGCGGGAGCAACUUUUUAAUGUUUCUAUCUGCUAUUACAACCAUUUCAAUCUGUUCCAUCAUGGGGACUUUUCAAGAAGUUUUGGGAGGACAUUUGAUCCAACUGGUUUAGAGGUUGCGACUCCUAUUCUGAUCCAGAGAGAUGAUGGUCAUAAACACAGGAGAGGAAGUCAUGGCGAUCUCAUCUUUUUGACAAGCCGGGGAGAGGUGACUUCGUACUCUCCUGGCCUACUUGGUCACGAUGCAAUAUGGAGGUGGCAACUAUCAACAGGUGCAACAUGGUCCAACCUUCCAUCUCCAUCCGGGAUGAUGGAGAACAUAGUGGUGCCCACUUUGAAGGCUUUCUCUCUGCGAGCCUAUGACCCAAAAGAGGUGAUCAUCGCUGGCGGUGACCAGGAGGCUGUGUUGAUUUCACCCUCUGGUAGCAUAUUGGCACUGAUUGAACUUCCGGCACCUCCGACUCAUGCAUUGGUUCUUGAGGAUUUCUCUGGUGAUGGUCUUACCGACAUUAUUCUGGUGACAUCGGGCGGAGUCUAUGGAUUUGUGCAGACGAGACAGCCUGGGGCUCUUUUCUUCAGCACCCUUGUGGGGUGCUUGAUAGUUGUCAUCGGAGUGAUAUUUGUUUCGCUGCACAUCAACUCUUCAAACAACGGUAAACCAAGGGCUUCAACGGAGUACAGAUGAUGUAGAGAAAAUGUUAUUUGGUAGAAGGGAUUAUAUCAUCCACCCGGCCUGAGGUUUUGAUACGGUAAUAGACUAGGGGAUGGGAUAUUUAACCUUUGUAAACUUGCACCAAAUGUUUUCUUGGUCGCGGAUUCAUGUUGUUGUACGAUAGAUAAUUAUUUCCAGAACGGUUGCUAUAUAUGAUGAUAGUAGUAAGCUUUGUUAA